GCCCUGUUCCAUGUCAACUGUGAGAGGAGAUUCUUGCUUAUUAUUUUUUCUUCCCGUCCGAUGAUUUUUGUCUUUAUUGCAUCAGACUUUACGAUUCUAUUCGAUCGAUAUUCCACUGUAAAGCUUGUUGAAAGAUCGCUCUCUUAUUAUGAUCAGGCAAUUCUGUAGCUACCAUUGUUUGUUGUGGGGUCCUUGGAGUUUGCUUCCUGGUCCACGUAUGGAUAACAAGGUAGCAGGAGACAUUUCUGGACAUUGGGGCUCGUUAUAAAAGCAAUUAAAAUGUCCUGGUUUGCCGAGUUCGCCGGCAAAGCAGAAAACUUCCUGAAUCAAGUCGACCAAGGGGCUGCCACCGCCUUGAACAAAAGUCAAAGCAAAACAUCGUCCCUUGCCUCGUACUACGAUGAAGGUGGCGCGGCCGUCCAUCCCGAAUACAGCGCUGUCCAAUCGGAGACCAGCGCUGUUUCUCAAUACGCGUCAAGCUUCAUCUCGUCAGCGGCGGACAACAUUAAGAAGGCUGCGUCUGCUCCAAUCAUUUCGGUCCACAAGCAAGCAUCGGGGAAAACGUCCAAGGCCCCCCACUCUGCCUCGUCUUCAUCCUCUGGCUUCGUGAAGCGCAAAAAGAGUGCGCCUGACGUGGAUGAUGAUAUGCUCUUUGACUUUUUGAACAGCUCUGAGCCAACAGUUAGUACCCGGCACGAUUCUAAGAGAGAUGCCGGCGUUAAAACGAUGGUCGCCGAGGGCAACAGCUCGACUCCGACACCUCCUGCCGCCGACUUAUUGCAGCAUGACGUGUCCCGGGCGUCCAGCCUUGGCUCACCCUCCGCUCACAGCAUGAAAGCGUCAGAGGAGAGCUCGACAAUAGAGCAAAGCCAAGACAGUCCAGACUCAGCUGAGACUGGCAACUCGGGCUCGCCUGCCCUUCAGGAGUCCGGCCGACGGGAGUCAUGCGGUCCGCCGGAGGAGCCGCAGGGCCAGGUUCUGUCCAGCCUGCGUCUGGAGAACCAACUCCUGCGUAGUGAGGUGGCCUCACUUAACCAGGAGAUGGCGUCAGUCAUCCAGCGAUCAAAAGCCAUGCAAGAAGAACUCAACAACGCCCGGCUGCGCACCGACAAACGUAACGCCGAGCAAUCUCAGAGCGACCGCGCGCUGCGGGGCCUGCGCUCGCAGGUGGAUGACCUGAACGAGGCACUGGCCGCCAAAGACGGACAGCUGGCCGUGCUCAAGGUCCGACUGGAAGAGGCCGACCACCUGCUAAGUAGCCGCAGCGUGGCGCUGGAGGAAGCUCAGAAAGAAAAGACAAGGAUCUUGGAGGACCACACGGAAGGCAGCAGCAUGCACUCGCAGGCUCUGGAGAACAUGCACGAAAGGCUGCGAGAGGCCGAGCAGGCCGUCAGGAGGGAGCAAGACAAUUUUCGACAAAUGCAGAGCGAACACACCGCCCGUCAGUCACGGUUGGAGUCGGAGCGGCAGAGCCUGGCUGAGGCAUUGACCGCGGCGGAGAAGCGCGCCGUGGAUGAGAAGCUCAGCGCGGACAACCUCCAGCAGCAGCUGAGGAGCGCCAAGAGCGCCGCCGAGGCCGCUAAGCACGAGCUGCAGGACUACAAGCAGAAGGCCUCGCGCAUCCUACAAUCCAAAGAGAAGCUGAUCAGCAGCCUGAAAGAGGGCUCGGGUUUAGACUCGCUGGACGGCAGCGGCGCGUCCACACUGGAAAUAGAAGAGCUCCGCCACGACAAGGAAAUGCAGAAGGAGGAGAUCCAGAACCUGCAAGGCCAAGUGCACUCACUCCGGACUGAAUUACAGGAUCUGGAGAGUCAGUCCCUCGCCGAGGCGGAAACGUGGCGACAGCAGGCGGCGCAGUUUGAGGAGGCGCAGGCGGCGCUGAACCGGGUCAAACAGGAGCUGGAAGCUGAGGUGGAGCGGCACAAGCAGGAGCUACAAUAUGUGGAGGAGGAGCAGAAACGUGCCAAAAGUACCCUGCAGAGCCGCGUCAAGGACAGAGAAGAUGAAAUUCAGAAACUCAGGAAUCAGUUGACCAACAAGACGCUGAGCAGCAGCCAAACGGAACUGGAGAACCGCCUCCACCAGUUGACUGAAACGCUGAUCCAGAAGCAGACCAUGCUGGAGGCUCUGGGGACGGAGAAAAGCUCACUUGUCUUCCAGCUCGAGCGCCUGGAGCAGCAGCUCAAAAACACGCAGGGCGGGCCGGCCACCGGGGGGGCCGCUAUCAACAUGAGCGGCGUCGAAGGGCCGGGAGCCAGACAAAGGAAUAUUCCGGUACUUUUCAGCAAUGAAGAAAGUCCUGGUGUAUAUGGGAAAGUGCAAAAAGCAGCCAGCACCAUUGACCGUUUCAGCAUCAGACUGGGGAUCUUCUUGAGGCGCUACCCCAUGGCCAGGGUUUUUGUCAUUUUGUAUAUGGCGGUGCUGCAUCUGUGGGUGAUGAUUGUUCUUCUGACAUACUCUCCGGAAAUGCACAACAGCCAUCCCGACGGAAGCUAGACACUUGCAGAUUUAUUCUCCGACUUCCCUACUGACAACGGCAUUACGUUCGAAGAGAAUUACUGAGAGGUAUUAAAAUUUUGCAGUCUCAUGAAUGGUAAUGGAUAAAAGCUGUUUUGUGUCAGGGCUUUCAGACUGCUGUCAGACUUCUGACAGAUUGUAUUUAACAAUGUAAAAAGAUUAUUUUAAUAAAUGACCUAAAUAUUACAGAA